AGUUUAUGGCCCCAUGUUAGGGAGGGAACAUCAAAGUACAACAUAUGAGGACUUGGGGUAAAACUGUAUGAUGAGAAUUUUCAUACAAUUUUUAUGAUUAUAAUUACCAAUGAACCAGGAGCUGGCAAACUUUUGCCCGAAGUACAAAACAAAUAAUAUUGGACAAUACAUUAUGUUAGAAUGACCUGAACACAGAUAGUGCACACAGAUUAAGCUAAACUGCCACUGAGAUAACUAAGAUGAAUAGUAUGUUAAGAAUGAAUUCAAAGAGGACCUUAAUAUUAGGAUUAAUAUUAAUUGUGCUUUGUGGAUUGUUCUUUACAAGGAGCACUGAACGGUUCUUUGUAUAUUACCAAAAACCAUGUGGAGACACUACAUAUAGAAACAGCGCAAGUGAUAAAGGUAUCAAGUAUGAGAGACAACCUAAACUGAUACUGGAUGAAACAUUUAAGCAUCAUUUCAUAAUAGAUGGCGCUAUAUUCUCCGAUAAAGGCAUGGCGUUAAGUGUGCCCAAAAACAUCUCGACAUCACUUGUUUACUCAUUUUCCCCCAGUGUUGAACAGACGGCAAAAAAGAUGUAUAUAUUAAAUGGCCGGGAUAAUAAAUUUUAUGCCAAUAGUCCAGCAAUCUUAUGGUUCAAAGGACGACUUUUUACGACGCUUAGGAUAUGGCUGCAAAAUGAGGCGUUUGACCUCGCGAAAAAAUGGCCGGCAAAUGUGUUUCAGGAUAACGCUAUUUUUACACAACAAUUUGAUAAAUUCAUGCGGCCAUUGACCAAUGGAUCUCUUGUUGGCAUGAUAACCCCAAAAUGGAAAAUAGGUGAUGGCCCAAUCGAGCCAAGGUUGUUUACAUUUAGGAACCGUUUACUAAUGACAUUCAACACUGGCUAUGUGUCAUCACUAAACAAAAUGCGGGAUUUCUCAUUCAUCUGGGAUAUGGAAUCUAAUGUGUUAAUACGUCCUCGAAUCAAGGGCCCAAAACCACAAUCUCAAACGAGAGACAAACACUGGAUACCAUUCAUAAAGAACAAUAAACUAUACUUCGUACAUGGUUUUGAUCCGCUCCGUAUUCUGAAAUGCCAAUUAGGUGCCGAUGCUUGCGAUUGUCAUUUUGUAAUGCUUCGUGGGAACCUCUCAGCGAUUUUCAGCAACGUUAAAACUCCUUUAAGGGGUGGGACCCCAAUGGAGAAGUACAAAGGCUCGUAUUACAUAUCUAUUAUGCAUGCAACUCUGUUUAAAAAAGCGACAGGCUUGAGGUUCUAUACAUUUAAUCUUGUCGUAUUCUGCACAACACCAAAGCCAAGAAUAGUAUAUGUCAGUGGGCCUAUAGAAGUCAACCCCGAUCUAUUAAAAAGGUAUCCCAUAGUUCGACACUGGUACAUCGAAGAGCCGUUUGUAUUUCCAGUUGGAUUACUCCUCGAGGGAAAGGACAGUGUUAUCAUUGGGGGUCAUAUAAACGACCACAGUAGUGUACUUUUGAGACUGACUGGGCUACAAGCCAUUAUGAAGACUGUCAUAUCAAUAGAUCAAGAAAACUUUAAACCGAAACGAGGACCUCCUGAUUUUACUGUGCAAGCGUACGUCAAAGAUGCUGCUACUAAGUAUUCAGGCAUUCAGUUCCAUUGACACAGAUGGCCUGUCAUUUUCAGGCAUUCACUUCCAUUGACACAUAUGGCUUUUCAUUUUCAGGCAUUUAGUUCCAUUCAGUUCCAUUGACACAGAUGGCUUUUCAUUUUCAGGCAUAGUUCCAUUGACACAGAUGGCCUGUCAUUUUCAGGCAUUCAGUUAAUCCCAUUGACACAAUACGAGUAUAUAUCGCCUGCCAUUUCAGUUCCAUUGAUACAUACUAAAAUAUAUGUAUGGCCUGUCAUUUUCAGGCAUUCAGUUCCAUUGACACAGAUGGCCUGUCAUUUUCAGGCAUUUGAUUCCAUUGACACUAUGGCCUGUCAUUUUCAGGCAUUCAGUUCUUCUGACUAUGGCCUGUGAUAUAAAGACUGGAUUUUUUAUAGCUUUACAGGGGCUUUCAUAAAAAAGGCAGACAAGUGGACAAUGGCAAUAGUUCACCUUGAGAGAACUAUUAAAAAUAUUUUAUCUAAAUUCUAUUUUAGGAUUCUGAAUUGCACUAUGUAAAAACAAGGAAUUAUUGAAAUCAUGCGGACAAAUCAGAUUGUACAAUACCCUAGUCAUGAACUACAACAACUUACACCGUAGUAAAAGAACACUGCUCUCUCAAGAGUUUUUAUGUGGAGGUCUUUAUUGGGUUUAAGCAAUUAAUCACAUGCAUUCAUGAAUGUUAAAUAUUAUAUAUAACUAAAUAUAAUGAAAGUGGUAGAGAAUCAAAAUGUUUAGUUAUUGUCUGGGACAACACUUUACCACAACCUAGUCGAAUUGGGAUAACUAGAAAACAGUAACAGUCCAUUUUAGAAAUGCCCUCUCGAAUAGAGAUUGCAGACCUUAAGCAGUACUAUUUUUAAAUGAACAAAGUUAGUAAAUAAGCAUUCCCAUUUAUAAUCCUUGGAAUUUACAAGGGUUUGCAUGAGAUCCC